AAGCCUUUUGUGCUCUUGAGCAGGGAGAGGAUGGGAGGCGUCCUGUUGCUUCUCAUCGGACUGAUGGUCAUCACGGCUGGCUGUCCGUCUUUGGCUGCAUCAGACAGCUGUCAUGAGGAGUUGACUCGUCUGAGGGAACAAGAGAAACUUCUGAAGAGCCGUGUUCAGAAACAAGAACUCCUCCUGCACAGAUUACAGCUACUGAACCAACCGCAGUCUGGCAACAAGACCAAACCCAGACAAGACCAGGCCCAGAGCACACAGCACAGAGACUGUGCCCAGGUCUUCAUCUCUGGCUCCAAAUCCAGUGGUUUCUACAGUGUCAAACCCCAGGGCAGCCCCUCUCCAGUCAGAGUCUACUGUGAUAUGACUGAAGGAGGAGGCUGGACAGUCAUACAGAGACGGGUUGAUGGCUCCGAGAGGUUUAACAGGUCAUGGGCUGAGUAUAAGGAUGGUUUUGGAGACAUGGAGUCACAAUCAGGAGAGUUUUGGCUGGGAAAUGACAACCUGCAUUACAUUACUGCACAAGGAGAUUAUUCUUUAAGAAUUAACAUGGAAGACUUUCAGGGUAACCAACGCUACGCAGAUUACAAGAACUUCAAGGUGGCUCAUGAAAAGGACCAAUAUCGACUUACCUUUGGAAGCUACUUGGGUACAGCUGGAGAUGCUCUGUCUGGUAACUAUCAGGUCGGUGUGUCAGAGUGGGCCAGUCACCAGGGCAUGAAGUUCAGCACCUAUGACCAGGACAAUGACAACUACAUCAGAAGCUGUGCCCAGGAAGACAAAGGAGGCUGGUGGUUCAACAGGUGCCAUUCAGCCCAUCUUAAUGGCCUGUACUACCAUUACGGACACUACAGUGCGAAGACAGAUGAUGGUGUAGUUUGGUUCACUUGGCGAGGAUGGUGGUACUCACUCAAGACGAGCAUCAUGAAGCUCAGACCUUCUGAGUUCAGAAUUGAUCCAACUGACGACCCCAAUGCUGUUCGAAAUCUUGGCUCUCCUUCCUAAGUCAGCGAUGAGGGACAAGGCAUAAGCGGGUGUCAAACUUUUGUGGUAUGACUAUCUUGGCCAACAACACCCCGGUAAAGAGAAUCAUAAUAGUAUUCUUCAAGCAUUGCUGGAAAAUAUGUUCAAAUAUACACUUGAGAACAUAUUUAAGGCUUCAAAACUACAUUUACUGGGUCUUUUUAAAACACAUACAUUCCAGACAUAAAUGCACGUAAGAUGCAAUGAAGAUGUGAUCACACAAACCAUCUCUACAAGCAUUUUGACUGAGGCCAAAAACAGUCCCAUACAGCAGUGAUUCCCAACCAGGUGUACGCGUACCCCUAGGGGUACGCGAGCACAUUGCAGGGGGUACGUGGAAACAUUUCAUAACAUUACAACUUUUGGAGAAUCAUCAGCACAUAUGAGUGAGGGGGUACUCAUGGUCUGACAAAAAGGCUCAGGGGGUACACAAGACGAAAAAGGUUGGGAAACACUGCCAUACAGCAUUUGUACAAGAGCUUAUUACGGCCAAUUGCAUUUUAAAGUUUUGCAACCUGUAGUGGUCCUGUAAAUAACAACACUGUGCUGUCAUAUUAAGGAAGUGAUAAAUGAUGCUCGUAGGGUGAUGGAUCUGUCAAUCACCUUUCCUUUCACUCAGCUGAUUAGGGUUUAAAUCCAAGCCAGAGCAGUGUUUUCGUAACCUUAACCCUGACCUUUUCCUAACCUUAACCCAGUAUUUAGACAGCCUAUUCAGACAGCCUAUGUGGUCAUAUGGGUGGGAGGACUUUUGGCAUUUUGCAGGGACUUUUGGCGUUUUGCAUUAUGAGUGUACCAAUCUGUGUUUUGGUGAGGGGAAGGCAAAUCUGAUUCCAUUUUUCAAGCAAACAGUUUGGUUAAGCUUGGAAAUAUGGACCUCAUGCAGCAAGAAACAGCUCUGAAGCAUUGCCCCGAUGCAGCAAUUACACCUAAUCCUUAAUGUAUGUAUUUAAGAAGCUGCAGACCAUAAUUCAGUGCAUGGAUUGUGUGUAACCAGAACACCCACAUGCAUACAGUAUUAACAUAAACCCUUUAUGCAGUUAUUUAGACUAACUCACAAACACUUGAAUUCAUUUUAUGCCUUGAAAUGAAUGAAAGGCAAAAGACAAAGAACCACUUGCGAUUCAAAUUGCCAAUGCAUGCCUUCAAGGUUGAUCAUCACACUCCAUACUUCAUCCCAACUCAUCUUGAACAUAUAGCA